CACAGAUGCAGCCUACACUGGUAGGCAGAAGCACUGUAACCACACAUUCAGUCACAGGACCACAGCUGCACACACACUUGGGCGAAACUGCAAAGAGGCACUCACAGGAAGCACAUCAGCAAUGUCAUGGACUGAAAAAGGGAGACUCGCUUAAGAAAUCUUAUUCACCAGUGACAGAAACAUCUGAGUGAGACUGACCGCUGCGGCGAGAGGUGAGGAUGGAUAGAGCACAGAGGUUUGAUUUCUCUCUGGAGUCGGACGACAGGACCGAGGAAGAGAAAUUAUGGCAGAAAGCUGGGAAGAAGUCCGGACUGGCUUCUUCCCUGGGUUUGGGCCAGGAGUCGCCCAAAGCUCCUAUGGACACCGAUUACCAGGAGGAAAUGGAGAAGACGAAGCCUCAAAUCAGAUUCAAUCUCCACUUUGACAAAGCGAUCCGAGGCGAGACGGAGACCGACAACAAGAGGGACAGCAGGACGUUCAACAUCGACAGGCUGUUUGAAGCAGCAGCCAGCAGGGACACCCGAAAGCUGGCCGGCCUUCAUCAGUACCUGCACCAGAACAUGAAGAAACUCUCCGAUUCUUUGUAUCAGUCCUAUGGUAAAACCGCCCUGAUGAAGGCCCUGCUGCACCUCAGAGACGGCAAGAACGAGACGGUGGAGCUGCUAAUCGACAUUUCAGAGAAGAUGGGCGACAUCAAAAAGUUUGUGGAUUCAGCCUACACCAACAGCUACUACAAAGGCCAGACGGCCCUCCACAUAGCCAUCGAGAGGAGGAGCAUUUCCUACGUGAAGCUGCUGGUCAGUAAAGGCGCAGACGUUCACGCCAAAGCCUGCGGGAUUUUCUUCCAGCAACACGACGGGCCCAACUUCUACUUUGGUGAGCUGCCUCUGUCCCUGGCAGCCUGCACCAACCAGCCCGACAUAGUCGACUUCCUCAUGGAGAACGAGCACCAGCGAGCCGACGCCCAGAUGACGGACUCUCAGGGCAACACGGUGCUGCACGCCCUGGUGGUGGUGGCCGACAACUCCAAGGAGAACACGGAGUUCAUCACCAGCAUGUACGACAGCAUCCUCACGACCACUGCCCGGCUGCACCCCAAGCUGAAGCUGGAGGACAUCGCGAACAAUCAGGGGCUCACGCCUCUCAAAAUGGCUGCCAAGACCGGCAAGAUCGGGCUUUUUUCACACAUCCUGAAGAGGGAGUUCCAAGAGAGCCACACCAAACACUUGUCCCGUAAAUUCACCGAGUGGGUUUACGGGCCCGUCACCUGCUCCCUGUACGACCUCGCCUCUGUGGACUCGUACGAGGACAACUCAGUACUGGACAUACUGGUCUACGGCAGUGACAUCCCUAACCGCCACGACAUGCUCCAGACGGAGCCUCUGAGUCGCCUGCUGGAGUCCAAGUGGAAGAUGUUUGGAAGAGGAAUGUUUUGUCUCAACUUCCUGGUCUACCUCCUGUACCUGGUCAUCUUCACUAUUGUAGCCUACAACAGGAGGGAUGGAAAGAAUCCGUUUGGCAUUGAACAUACCACGAACGGUUACCUGUAUAUUACAGGCCAGCUGCUGACGGCACUGGCAAACAUCUAUUUCUUUAUCAUAGGGAUCUUGGACAUGAGGAGGAAACGGCCAAAGCUGCAGACGUUGCUGAUUGACGGAUAUUAUGAGAUUCUUUUUUUUUUGCAGGGCAUCCUCUUCCUGCUCGCGGCCACGCUGUAUCUAUGCAAGCGCCAGGAGUACCUCAGCUUCUACGUGCUGUGUCUCGCUCUCAGCUGGGUGAACCUGCUCUACUUCUCCAGGGGCGACAUACACAUGGGCAUCUACAGCGUCAUGAUACAGAAGAUGAUCCUCAGCGACAUCCUGCGCUUUCUUUUUGUCUACGUCGUCUUCCUGUUUGGAUUUUCAGCGGCGGUGGUCACGCUGCUCAUAGAGCCUCCUUCGAGAAACCUCACCAAAACUCCGGAGAAGGGGCGUAUCUUCGGUCAAGUCGACAGCAACGAGCCGUGUAUAAAACCCACCUACAGGAACAUCUCCUACACCACAAUGGAGCUCUUCAAGUUCACCAUCGGCAUGGGCGACAUGGAGUUCAUCGAGGACUACCAGUACAAGGAGGUCUUCUACUUGCUCCUCAUCAGCUACAUCGUCCUCACCUACAUCCUGCUGCUCAACAUGCUCAUCGCCCUCAUGAACCGCACAGUGGAGAGGACCGCCCUGGAGAGCAGCAGCAUCUGGCAGCUACAGAGGGCUAUCACCAUCCUGGACAUGGAGAAAAGGCUGCCGUGCUGUCUGAGGAAGGGGUUUCGCUGUGGGGUGGAGAAGAAGCUGGGCACCGCUCUCGGGGAUGACCGUCGCCGGUGUUUCAGAGUGGAGGAAGUCAACUGGAACAAAUGGAACAUCAACCUGGGCAAAAUCAAUGAGGAUCCCGGGUGCUGGGAUCGUGUCCAGCAGCCUGGCUCAGACGCCCCGCCGGUCAGACAUCACAGAGGGAGGAGCUGGAGAGGCUUCUUCAUAGAGGGCAGCCGGCGGUGGCGGCAGACACCAGAGUCCACAGAGAUGAACCGUCUGCACACCCCACCGAUCUGAAAGACAACAGAGAGCCUCACUCCGGCUGCUCAGCCUGACCGACCUGAGCAACGAGGCAUUCAAACCCACGUACAGUCUUCGGUUUCAGCUCCCCAAGAAAUUUCACCGCCAGAUGUGUGAAACGCCUCUCUGGCUGACUGAUACUCCACUGUCAGCUUGAUUUAAACUGCGGCCUUUGAGGCAACAUUUCACUGACAUGAGCAAGAUAUUGUAGAUGUGUGUUCAUCUUGACUGACAUGAUGCUGUAAAAAAAAAAAAAAGGGUAGGGUCUCUCAAAGCUGAAUGCUGCAUCAAGCGGUGCCAAAUUGCCCAGGGAGUCAUGCAUCUGAAAUACAUUAUACAUUGCAUCCAAAAGCCUCUUCUGCUCAUGCUGUUUCCGCCACCACCUGAGCAGGAUGCACAUCCUCUCAGCACAAAGGCCACAACCUGCCGGCACCUCUGGCAUCGCUCAAAAUCCUUCAUGGAAUAAUACUGAUCACGAAGGUGCUGAUCCUGCCCUCCUGCCGUGUGCCCUUUAUACAAGUCCCAUUUUCAUCACAGCCAGACAAGCUAAAUCUUCUGCAGCCAGAUAGUCCUGCGGAUUUCACAGCUUGCUUUGUCUACUCCACUUCCUGUCUCUAUUUGGCAGAGGAAGGCUGGGAUAAAUGGUGUGAAAGCACAGCAAUCAGGGCAUCAAUGACCACCUACAACAUCUGCUGUUGCAGUUACAAAAUAUAUAAGGUUUAGACGGGCCCUCUGGACCCGUCAGACACUUGUAUGGCUCAUAUUGAAAGAAAUGAGUCUAUGAUUAGUAGCUUAUCUGAACUGUAAGACAGAUAACUAUACCAAUUUUACACAUUAAAGUUUGUGGUAAAGUUAUGGUUUUGGUGAGAACUACAGCCUAUGUGAAAAAUAUGGCUCCUGUGGAAGGUGAUAAUUUCUCUCCAGUGAUGUCACUCAGUGGCUAUGUUGCAUUUUGGGCACUGUAGGGGUUUUGAAAAACAGUCCACUGGUCUAGUAUUGCACUCUUAUAAGACUGCUGGACUGAGUGCGGACAGCUUAAAAACAAACAAUCAAAACUCAAACAAAAGCGAUACAGAAUGAAACCCAAUUAAACAAUAUUGAAGGAAGCUGUGCAGAUGGCAUGAAGUAUAUGUACAGAUACUCUGUGUGUAAGUGGAUCCCCAUACUCACUUUUUUAUUUACCAAUGUAAGUUUUUUUUUGAAUGUUAUCAUUAUCUUCACUAAUAGUAGAAUAGUAGAAUAACUGUAUUCCCCCCCUUUUCCCACUUUAAAGCAUAUAAAUAUAAGAAUACUUUAAAUAUGAACAUUGUAUGUGAUUAAAUAUGAAUACAUGUAAUGCAUCCUAACCAAUAAAGGUGUUAAUGGUAAAAUAAAGCCACUAAAUGGGGGAGUCCAUCUCUCCCUCCAUUGCAUUCAUGUCACAGCAAACAUCCAGCAAAUUAUAACAUUGCUAAUGCUAGUUUAUGUUAACAUAGCUAACACUAGCUAACGUCAAUAUUGCUAGCAUUCCAAGCUGUCUACCGUUAAGGUAGAACAGUAUUUUCACAAACUGUGUAUUAUACUUACAAAAUGAUGUGUGCAUAACAGUAAAAGUAUUGUUAUCAAUACAACCUUUAAGUAUAAAAACUUUAUCCCUCUUCAAAACAUGGUGCCUACAUUAACCACAAUGCACCUGAGCCACUCAGUUACAUCACUAGAGGCAAUUUAUUGGGUUACAUGCAGCUUCUUCGGGAGCAAUAAAAAGACUCCCUUUUUUCACAUAUGUAGAAGUAAUCCCCUAGACUCAUAA